AGCAACAAAAGUGUUUUCUGGUUUGUGCAAGUGAUGUGUUUCUUUAUGUACGCUGCUUCGGUCAGCUUCACGACAAUUAGUAGUUAGUUAGUUAGUUAGUUAGCGGUCAGCUCUUAUGUGAUUCUGACCAUCGUGGAAAAAAUAAAACGCACACGUCGUUUCCUUUAUACGGACUUGAUGGAAAUGGCCACCUCGGAGGUCCAGCAGAAAACCGGUGCACUGCCCCUCUCUGCCCUGCGCCUCGUGGUGCCGCCGCUGCGCCUCAUGUCUGCUUUCCUCUGGCAAGUGGUUCAGCGCCGCAACGUUACUCAAUACGGCAAACUCGAGCAGUUUGUCAUGCUGGUGUCAGAAACAGUACCGGACAUCAUGAGUCAACAUCUGCUUAAUAAACUGGUCUUUCAUUUAAGGAAAAAGAUGAUAUUAGAGCUGUGUUUUAAAGACAGGACACCUGACGUAUGGAUCAUUCAGGCGCAUUUGGACACGCUACGCAACCUGACUCACAAAUGCAAGGACAUAGAGAGUGAAGUCAUGAAUAACAAAUUUAUAAAGAUGAUCCAUAACAUCUUGGAGGACACAGAUAAGAGGGAGAGCUUCCUGCAGAACGUUCUUCCUGUAGAGUAUGGAUCUGGAUAUGAUGCCGUCCUGCAGAGCUUAGCCUGGGAGUUUCUAACUCGAGUGGACGAACUCCUGCCUGUCCCCAACCUCAAAGAGACAGCCUCGUGGCUCUGUGGUGGUCUCUCUGCCAUGGAAGACAUCGUCCAGCCACUCUCUGACCCUGUGGAGCUACGGGAUGUACUACAGCAUUUCGAGACCAAAAGGACUAAAACCAGAAAUGAGCCAGUCUUGUCUUCAGCUUCCCUUCAACAAGAGAUGGUGUUGCCUGCCAGUUCUAUCCCGCAAGAGAAAAUCCUGCCUCCCUCAUCCAUUGCACAAGAAACCAUUAUUAUCGCACAAGCACUUAGUGAAAAUCAAUCUGAAUCUGACCGCGCAGCAGCCACUAUAAUGAGCCCCGCCCACAGUGACAACGAGGAGACAGAGCCUUUAGACAGCAUGACCACGGAGGUCGAGACAGAACUGCAAGAAGAGGCUGUUUACCAAGAGAACAGUACAGGGAUGUGCGAAGUCCAGCAGAUCUACCUCACUGCAGACGGCUCUACCGUUAUUGUUUCAGAAUUGGACAAUGGCGGAGAGGAAGCGUCUCAGCUGCAGUUUCUAGAACAGUCAGAUGCAGUGGACACUCCUGAGGUGAGGGAAAUAAGCAUGGAGGAGUGGAUCUCGGAAAUAGCAGGGAAAGUUCUUCCUCUGUCAGUCAUGCCUCCUUCCUCUAAUAUAGACAUCCUUGCAGAGGAAACGGCGUUCAUUCCCAUUAUUGAAAGACCCCCAUCUAUAAAGUCCAUCAUCAACAGAAAAAGCUCCCCUACUCAAGCAGCGGCCAGCAGAAAGGUGAUCACUGUCCCUGCAGAGUCUCAGGCGAACCUAGACACAGAUGAGAAGAAGCACACGUGUCGUGUGUGUAAGAAGGAGUUUCGUUACGAGUGCCAGCUGAAGAAUCACAUGCGCACACACACCGGAGAAAGACCGUUCCAGUGCUCCGACUGUGGCAAAAGCUUCCGGUGUCUCAGUUUCCUGUCCAGUCACAUCAAAACACACUCACUGUCCAGACCGUUUAAAUGCACGCAGUGUGCCAAGACCUUCCGCAAGAAAGCCGACCUCAUCAAGCACGUCCGCGUACACACUGGGGAGAAGCCGUACAAGUGCAAUAUCUGUAGUAAGAGCUUCUCACAGGGCUCGUACCUGAAGAUUCACCGCGAAUGUCACACAUCAGAAAACCUGCACCAGUGUCCACACUGUGAGAAAUUCUUCCCUACUGCGUUCAAGCUGGCGGUACACAUUCGCUACCAUUCGAUGGCGCGCUCCUACACGUGCAACGUCUGCGGUAAGAGCUUCAUCUACGCCAGCCUCCUAAGGAGACACAAGGGCUAUCACAUGGGUGAGCGCAAGUACCUGUGCACUAUAUGUGGCAAGUCCUUCGUGUACAUGUUUGACCUGAAGAAGCACCAGCGCAACCACGAGAAGCCUCGUGUGCGUAUCCCGUGCAGGUUGUGCCACAAGACGUUUGCGGGGCCAGAGAUGCUGCGCUGCCAUCUCCGCAUCCAUACAGGAGAGCGGCCCUUCGGCUGCAAGGUGUGCGGCAAAACCUUCUCGCAGAUCGGCAACAUGAAGAGGCACGAGCGCGUGCACACGGGCGAGCGGCCGUAUGUCUGUACCGAGUGCGGGAAGACCUACAAGCACUCGUCACACUUGAAAAACCACAUGCUGAACCACACAGGCGAGCGGCCGUGGCGGUGCGCACAAUGCGGAAAAAGCUUCAAGUUCCAAGGGCCAUUGAAGAAGCACGAACAAACGCACCUAGCUGAGCGGGCUGAACAAACCCGUGGGCGCAAGAGGCAUGAAAACAAAAAUCCUUAAAGGAUGUGGGCAGAAUUUCGACCUUUUGUUGUAUUAAAGGAAUUCUGAAUUCCAGUUUGAUGUAUAUUUAUAUAUAUAUAUAUAUAUAUAUAUCCAGAACCUGGAUCAGCUUUCCUGAAGGUCAGACCUUCUUGUAGGAACAUCGGAAAGGUCACGAUUUGGUGGCGUCUGGUUUAAAGGAAAUCGACGCUGAUCAUUGAGUGAGUUGAUUCACUUAAGAGUUAAGUGAAAGAUCAACAGUAAGAUGGGACUUGCCAUAGAAGUCUGGUGGCUCGUAACAAGUAUAAGGAUAAAUAUGCGUAUGUAAGAUAGAAUUUCAGUGUGAGAUUUAGGAGUAUUUCACAAGUGGGUGCUUUCAUACCUAGAAAUCAUAUUUUCAUAUUUGUUUUUUGUUUGUUGGUUUAAUUGGCACCAUUUCUUUAAAAUUAUGAUGAGAACCACCAGAAAUACUAAACCUAUUUUUGUAAUGAUCUGACAGACUUGUGUUGCACAGGAGAUAUUUCUUCUAUAAGGAACAAUGAUCAAGAUGUUAGUAAAUGAUCAAGAUAUUAGUAAUAUCCCAAACUCCUCAUGUGCUCCUUCAUGUGAUUCCUUUUCCAGAGUCUUCCUUUGAAGAAAAUAUUGAGGUGAUGUUAAAAAAAAAAACAAAAUCACACCUCACCAUGAUACAGAUAAUAAAAGAAAGCCUGUGGUUUAACAUUG